UACUUUGCGUUCAGUUGACGGAUUAACUUUACGUACGUAGUUCGUUAUUUGUUGAAGCGUGCCGUUAAUAAUGAAGAGAAUCGCACUUCUUCUUCUGGCGCUCGUCGCCGCUACGAUUGCAGAUGACAUGCAACUAAUUGAGAAUACAGCGAAGGGAUUUGAAACCGACGUAGACACAGUAACGGGAUGUUUGAAAGAAGCUGAUACGACCAUGGUGGAAGUGAACGGUGUGAUGAAGAAGAUAAAAGAUAGUGCAUCCAAUGAAGAAAUCGAUGAAGAGACUAAAGAAAUUGUCGUGAAACACAACAAUUUCCUGGCGUGCAUGUUGGAGAAGACAGGCAUGAUGGAAGGCAACACACUACUUACGGACAAGAUAAUUGAGAGUAUAAAAAAAGAUAAGGAUAUGAUAACUGCACCAGACGAAAAAGAACUAAGAGAAUGCUUAGACUCACUAAACGAAGACAAAGACAAAAUGACUAACGGAGAGAUGGCGUUCGGAUUAAUGCUUUGCAUCUACGUUCCGUCAGACAAAAAAUAAUAAGUGAAGACUAGUAAAUAGAAUUCACGAACGCGUUAUUUGAAUAACAAAAACUCGAGAUAUAUCCUCUGUAUCGUGCAAUAGUAACAUCGUAAAAAAAAAAACAACACGUUCUGUCAUCGGGGUUUAAGUAAGUUAUAGAAAAUUUAUAAUGCUGUAAAAAUUUGAAUAAAAAACCUUGUUAAUGAAUGCAUAUAAUAAACUGUAUGUGUAUUGUA